AUGCUACGGCUAGGAAUGUGGUUGCCAGUAAUUGCAAGGCAACCUGCAUACGUGGAUGCCGUCGUGGAUAUACCAGUUGUGGUUGAUUCAGACGACGAUGGCAUAGUCCCCCACGAACUAGAGAAAAUGAGGAAUCAUAUUGGAAGAGGCGAUGUCGGAAACGCACAGAACGCCUCUCGAAGAUUGCCCGUGGUUUUCCUACAUACACCUAAGCAAGCGGAAUCGGGCUAUCGUGCGGGCUCGUUACCCAAUGAUGAUGAUCUAUUUGGAAGCUAG